AUGGAUCCGUAUUCAUCGGGCAAUACCGCCACCUCCUCCGUCUUUCCGCCAUUUAUACAGAUUCAAACCACAACAAAAGAUCUUGACUUCUUUCUUUCUUUCUUUCUUUCUUUAUUUCUUUCUUUCUUUCUUUCUUUCUUUCUUUCUUUCUUUCUAUUGUCCAUUCUAUCUAUUUUCUUUGUUGUAUAUCCACCAUUAGUUAAUCAUUUGAUAUUUCUUUCUUUCUUUCUUUCUUUCUUUCUUUCUUUUGUCCAUUCUAUUUUCUUUGUUGUAUAUCCACCAUUACUUAAUCAUUUUAUAUUUCUUUCUUUCUUUCUUUCUUUCUUUCUUUCUUUCUUUCUUUCUUUCUUUCUUUCUAUCUAUUUUUGUUGUUGUGGUAUCCACCAUUACUUAAUCAUUUUAUAUUUCUUUCUUUCUUUCUUUCUUUCUUUCUUUCUUUCUUUCUUUCUUUCUUUCUUUCUUUCUUUCUUUCUUUCUAUCUAUUUUUGUUGUUGUGGUAUCCACCAUUACGUAAUCAUUUGA